AUGCAUCUCAGACACCGGAACCUGCAGAACAAGCAGGCGAGCAUCAUUGUAUGGAGCCGGGCUGAACCUUGGCUCCUGAGGAAAGCUUGCGGUCUAUACGGAGUAGAGAGAGAGAGAAGAGAGCAGACACCGAUGACGCAACUGUUAACCAGCUACCUGGACCCGAGCAUCGCCUCUCCGUCCAGUUUCAACAACUUGGUGAGUUCCGUCUUUUUUUCUUCGAAACGGAAGAAGCUGUUGCCCGCACUCGCGCAACCUGCCUUGACCUUGCACGUCUCUCGCGUGUCACAUGGCAUCGUCAUCGUGUGUCUUCACCACACACACAACAACACAAGCAGAGCCAUUGCUGCUCCUUGCCCCUCACCACCACCACCCAGCAAAGCUUGCGACGGAAAAUCACUCUCCUCAUUCAUGCCAUUCACCAUUCCCCUUCCUCAUUUCCGUCUCAUCGUCGACAACGCCAUCAAGGAAGCCCUCAUAGUGAAAAGGCUCCUCGCUGACCAUACCGCCUCUCCAGAUCUUGUACAAAGAUCACCCCUUCCCACCGCCGACUUAGCCUUUGGUCAACUCAAAGGCACAACAGCCCAGCACGGCUUCCCUGGCCGUGAGCUUCGUCAGUGA